AUGGAUUCGACAAGGACACAGCAGAACGUCGAGCACAAUGCUGAUCGCAGAGCGAGAGAACUCUACCGUUACUAUCAGCCCGCUGGCACGACGAGUUUAGUGCCUUCUUGGCUAGCUCCGGGUGAAGAAACCCCCUCUCCUGGUCCUGCAGGAAACAUGAGCACCCCGGCUGCCGGCGACGGCUCAACACAUGGUGGUAGUAGCGCGGCGUCCAAUUCGUCAACAACGAUAGGCCCAGAAGCGCUUGUGUUGGGUGCCAGCAACAAUACCUUGACCUCCUUUGCGCAGCUGGCUGCCCUUCGAUUGGGUGUGGAACGGGCUUUCAUCGCAGUACUGAUUCGGGAUCGCCAAUACAUACUAGCAGAGGCCACACGCUCCGCCAGCUUGAAUGAGAAACCUGAAAGUGAUGAAACGGAACAGUCUUGGGUUGGGCCAGGCAGCGCACGCAAAGCAUGGAGUAUAUGCCAGGUGAGUUUCAAACCCCUUGAACCGGAUACUGCGGCUCUACCCCCAUCUGAUCGCGAAUUUUCGACUUAUGAAACUCUUACGGUCAACAAUCUGGCAGAGCAUGAACGAUACAAAGAUCUGUCUUUUGUGGCGCAUGAGCCACAUUUCCGCUUCUUUGCUGGCACGCCUUUAACGACGGACAAUCGAAUCAAUUUGGGAUGCUUCUUCGUGCUGGACACCCAACCGCGGCAAGGUCUAACGCCGCUCGAGAAGGAAAUACUGGGAUCGCUUUCUAUGCUGGUGAUGGACUAUCUCAAAGUCUGCAGACAGGCGUCGGAAGGACGACGAGCUGCGCGUCUAUCCCGUGGCCUCAGCUUCUUCGUCGAAGGAAGUUCCAGCUUUGUCGACAGCGCAGAUCCGUCGCGCGCGGACAGUUGUCCCCCUCAUUCCGUUACGCCAGCCUCCACCAACAACCGUGUCAGUAUGUCUGGCGGGUCGCACGCCAGUCACAAUUCCGACCGUCCGUCCCAUGGGGUGUCACACAGCCCGCCAAAUGAUCGCUCACUCAGCAGCGACGCCCGCUCCAUGACGUCGGGUGAUUCCGGGGCUUCCUACUCCAAAGAAAAUAGUGGUACCUCAGGUGCUGAUAGUUCGCUCCCCGAAUGGAUCACUAGCAGUAGCCGGAAUCGCCUUCCCCCUGACGAUUCUCAUGGCAAUUCGUGGUGUUUCAGGCGCGCGGCCAAUUUGCUGCGCGAGAGUCUGGAUUUGGACAACGACGGCGCGGUGGUAUUUUACGAGGCCUCCAACAACGCUUUUGUCGACGGGGAUGCUGGGAGCGUCGCAAGUGGUGCUAGUGAUUGCUCGGGUAGCGAUACAGGCGGUCCAGCGACCAUCUUAUCCAUGUCAACGAACGACGACCCGUUUGCCCCGCGGGCGGGCUCCAAUGUCGCGUCUCCGGCCGCCAGUUUGGACCGCUCCUUUCUGAGUAUGCUUCUUCGACGCUAUCCGCGAGGCAAAUUGUGGUCCUUUCAUCGUGACGGUAUAAUCUCCGCAUCUGAUGACGAUGAUCUUAUGCCUCGUGAUGGGAGCAACACGCCAAUAUCACGCUCUCCCCCCGGAGCGCCACCCGUCGACGGUUCCCGACCGAUCGGGAAGAGGAAGAGGGCCGCCGAAAAUUCCUGGCUCAACCAGUACUUCCCGAACGCGACUCAGAUUCUUUUUGUGCCUCUGUGGAACGCAGUCAGCUCACAGUGGUUCGCUGGAUGCUUUUGCUACACCACGGUCGAAUCCCAAGUUUUCUCUUCCUCCGUGGAACUGAGUUCCGCUCUUGGUUUUGGCUCCUCCAUAAUGGCAGAGUAUAGUCGAGUAGAGUCGCUUAUUGCUGAUCGACAAAAGGGCGAUUUCAUUGGCAGCAUCUCUCACGAGUUGCGCAGUCCUCUCCACGGCAUCCUGGCGGCAGCGGAAUUCUUGAAUGGUACUCACCUAAACGAAUUCCAAGAUUCAUUGCUCGAGACUGUGAAUGCCUGCGGGAGGACGCUUCUCGAUACUAUGAACCAAGUGCUGGAUUUCAGCAAGGUUGUCUCGCUGGAGCGAACGUGGCGUUCGAUGAAAAAGAGAAAAGAAUCGCCGCUCGACUUCAAGGGGAAUGAUAAGUUGGCAACACAUUUAGAUUCCUACGUGGACGCUGAUCUCAGCAUCUUGAUCGAGGAGGUGGUGGAGGGAAUUUGUCUCGGCCAUGCCUACGGCUCAGAGUCUCCAGCCUCUGCCGAUCUUCCAGUUCUCUUGUCGCACACUCAUGCCAAGAAUGCAGGUCCCCGCAACAACGUUGUUGUGUCUCUCGAUAUUGCUCAUAAGGACUGGGUCUACCGAACACAGCCCGGUGCCUUGCGCCGAAUCAUCAUGAACAUAUUUGGCAAUGCCAUGAAGUAUACUGAAGAAGGCCAAAUUACUUUGUCGUUGGAGGCCGUGAGCCAUUCAGAGGGCCGGAGCCGGCGACAGGGCUUGGAAGACAUGGUGACCUUGACCGUCUCGGAUACCGGAAGAGGCAUCUCUGAAGAGUUCCUGCGGGGAAAGCUCUACACGCCGUUUGCACAAGAGGACUCUCUCGCUGUGGGCACGGGCUUGGGGCUUUCCAUUGUCAAAAGCCUUGUCAAAGCCUUGAAUGGCCACAUUCGCAUACGCAGUCGCGUAGGCGAAGGCACCAUGGUUAGGGUAACCUUGCCACUGGCAAGGCCAGUGGGCGAAGAGAGUCCACCUGUUGAGCCCCAUAACUACGCUCUUCAGCAGCGUGAAAUAUUGACCCAGACCCUCAUGCUCCACGAAGGAUAUUCGGGCAGACGCGCAGCUAUCUGGGGACUUCAUCCCGAUGGUUUAGCGCAUGACGAAACGUGGAGCGGAAUCGCCAAAUACCUUGUUGAAUGGUUUGGUAUUGAAGUUGUUCCUUGGCCCUGCUCUUUACCUCUGGAUAUCUUGCUCAUUCGAGAAGUUGACUUGGAAGGUCUGCGGAAUGUUCAACUAUCAGCAACUCUUCCUUCAUUGCUCGUUCUUUGCUCGAAACCGGUUGAUUAUAGCAAAGCGCAGUCCGAGUGGAUUCCUCUCGCAACUUCUGUGGACAUCAUUCGACGUCCUUGUGGUCCCCACAAGCUUGCGCGGUGCGUCCUCAGGUGCCUGCAGAACUGUCAAUCUACCGUCGUCACACCGUCGUCUGUGUUGAAAGACCCUAUGGAAUCCAUGAACCUCGUGAUUCGUUCGCCCAGGCUCUCGCCUAUGCCACCCUCUCCAUCCUCUCCUUUUCCCGCCAACGAUCCCUUCUCCCUCCUCGAACCCGAAAAGGUUGUGGGACGUGGUCUAUCCUGUGAGGCCGCACCUCCUCCCCAUGCUCCCUCGGUGAUCGCAGCAUCACCAGAGGCCGUUGUCGCGGCUCCCUUACCAAAGCCCUUGGUAGAGGGAGCAAUCGAAGUCAAACGACCCACCCAGGUUCUUGUUGUUGACGACAAUCGCAUUAAUCUCAACCUCAUGGUCACUUUUAUGAAAAAGCGCCAUCUGUCUGAGCUGGUCUCGGCAGAGAAUGGCAAGUUAGCCGUAGAGGCCGUUGAGCGAAUGCCUAACGGGUUCGACAUUAUCUUCAUGGACAUGUCCAUGCCCGUGAUGAACGGUUUUGAGGCGACGCGGGCCAUUCGCGCGCUGGAACGGGAGAAUGAUGGCCGGAAACCGGCUGUUAUCAUUGCUCUGACUGGGCUCAGUAGCUCACGAGACGAAGUGGAGGCUCUGAGCUCUGGCGUUGACUUUUUCCUUACUAAACCCGUCUCGUUCCGCGAGGUCUCGCGUCUUUUGGAUGAAUGGGAGAAGGAUGGUCUUGAUGGAGAAAAGAAGAGAUAG